CGUCCCCCCACCCCACUUGUGCGUGCUCGUUCUCGUGUUUAGGCAAAGAAUCCCGGUUUGGGUUCGAACUAGAUCACUGUCGCCAUUCGUAGCCAGUCUAGUUUCUCUUCCAUCCCGGCGCGGGCUCUCACGUUUUACAAAUCAGCCUAGAUCGUCCACCCCGUCGCCAUGUCGCUUACGAUACUGCACUCCAGCUUGCUAUGGCACGACGUCCACUACCGGAAUACGUUGAUACGGUGAUAGUCGGAGGCGGCCCAGCGAGCUUGAUCCUUUCAUAUAUUCUCCACGGUCACAUUCCGUACUAUGUAGGGAAGCACUACGACGAUCUGCUGCACUCUAGGCUGUCCAAAAAGCCAGACUUGCUGAACAUUUGUCCUGAGACGUACGCGCACUUCUCAUCUUCGUUGCGAUACUCAACCCAAGCGUUGCCCUUAAAUACCCUGCUCGAUACGCUCAUUCGGCCCAAUGCCGACACGGAGACCAACCCUGAGUCUUGCAUACAAUGGAAACAUGAGCCAGAUCGAGCCAUAAGUCACGUUGUCUUGACUGCCGGGAAAGGUCCUGGUGGGCAGUGGGUGGACAACCCUGUAGAAGCCAGUGAGGACAUCGGAAGCUUGAGCUAUUCGGAAAUGCUUUCGUUGCCAGGAUAUAGCUAUGCAGAACAUUUUUUCAAAACGCAUCACAAGCCACUGCCAGAUUUCGAGCGACCGUCGAGAUCAGAUGUUGCCGCUUACUUUACUGCGUAUCCUCACGCAGUCGGGUUGACGGACGCGAUCUUCACCUCUGUCAAUGUUGGCCACAUCUCGCGGACUAAGGGAGGUUUCGUGAUAUCGUCCCACGGAAUACGUUGCAAGCAUCUCGUUUUGGCUACAGGCAUCUUUUCAUUGAAUAUUGCCCCUUAUGCGGAACUCACCCCUCUAGUUCCUCUUCGCAAUGAACAGGAACCUAUUCUGGUAGUUGGAUCCGGAUUCUCUGCCGCUGACGUGAUAAUUUCAGCUCCAGAACGUCGAAAGAUCAUUCAUCUGUUCAAAUGGGCUCCUGAGACGCGACCUUCCCCUUUACGUGGUUGCCAUCCUCAGGCUUAUCCUGAAUACGCAGGCGUAUAUCGCCAGAUGAAGCUGGCUGCUAUAUCUUCCGAGAGAUCAUCCUUGACAUCUCCACCAGCUCAGAAACGCAAAGUUAGUCCCGUCUUUUCACAGAGGGACUGGGCGAGCACGUACGAGGGUUUACCUAACGCCCAAGUUAUUCAAGUACUGCAAAAGGGCCAAGACAGCGCUGUCGUCCAGAUCCAGUUGCAAAGCGGCCGUGCUGUUGAACGGAAAAUUGGCCAGCUGGCUUAUGUUGUAGGCAGACGGGGCUCUCUCGACUAUCUCAGUCAACCUCUUCGUCGAGAAGUUAUCUCACCCUCGUGUGAGGCCGUUACCAGCGACGGAUUGAUAUCCGGACGUACACUUCGUGCAAAAGUUGAGCAUAGCUUCCAAGUUGCUCCGUGUGUCUUUGUGGUGGGCAGUUUGGCUGGAGAUUCACUCGUGAGGCAUGCAUUCGGCGGUUGUGUCUCGGUGGCCGGCUGCAUAAUGGGUGGCGAGUGCAGGGGCCCUGCUUCGAGGAACGAUGAGCAAGCGAAAUUUAAUGCGUCAUCUUCGCCCAUUGCAGCAAAUGCUGUCUCCCAUGAGGACUUACAUAUCGAUAGACGAGAGACAUUGCAAAUAUAGAUCUAGACAUGGUGCACGAGCAUUGACUUGAUCGCCAUUUUUUGGCAAUUACCGUCCACUGGACGAGGCUGUGGAGUUCUGAGAACACGUAGCUAAGCAUAUGAAAGGUUCGAUAUGACCUUGUCAUCCGGUUUUAAACUCCUUCUACC